GCCGCUCACUUUAAGCGCGAUGGUUGAAAUUUUUCACCAUCCGGAAGAAAAGAUCUUCAAAACCACAAUAUUUUCAAAAACAUCCUUAUUCUAUUUCGUUACUGCAUUUAUUCUUCUCUUUGCACCAGUUAUUAUUUUGUCUAAUGUUAAAGAUAUCUGGCCGUUUUUCAGAUACAUUCGUGUGAUUACAGGUCCAUGCUCUCCUGAAGUUAGUCAGGCCAUUUUAUGGAUUUAUCUGAUGAAUGCUAAGAAUCAAAUUGACGUUAAGCUUUGGUCAGUCUCGGAUAGUUUACUGAAUAACUUGAGGAAUGAAUAUCAAUUGCUACCUGGUUCCAUUAGCCACUUUACUCACCAAUACCUCUCCCCAUUCCCAGCAAAGGAUGCCGGUGAGCUGAUAGAUAAGGCUUUCGAGAUUUCUAUCGAUCUGAAGGUUACUGCGAACCUUACAGUAAUUGGUGAGCGUCUCUUCAUCCCAAUGACCUGCAAUUUGAAAUGGAAAAAUAUAUUUCUAUUGAAUGUCACCGGAUUAAUAUGGGAUGAAUAUAUUUCACAAGCUCCAAUAAAUAAUUUAUUUUUACAAAGUGAAUUAAUCAUUAAACAGACAAAAGUAUUGAGAUUGUAUGGAAUAGAUUCAAUUGAAAAAGAAUACUACCGAAGACCAAUCAUCAAUUCAAACAAUCUAUACUACAAUUCAAUAAUAUCUGAACUAGACAACAUUCUCUAUGAUAUGACAGAUAGAAAUUUGUCAAUUCAUCUUGGCAAGACGCACCAUUUUGCAACUAAUGACAAAACUGACUCCACUGGAUCAUUUCAUAUGACUUUGAUGAUUCAUCUGUCAGAAAGAGAGCUAUUAUUUGAAACACCAUUUAUUAACAGAGUGAAGUGGGUAUAUAUCUUCUAUGUUGGAAUAUGGAUAAUAUUUUUAUGGCCAAUUCGUUGGUUAAGACGUAUUGUAUUUGAAAAACACCUGAUCUCUGAUAAUAUGCUUGAACUGAACCAACUUCCACCGAAUAUUCACCUUAAUCAGAUUAAAAAUGAAUGGUGAUGAUCACAUGGAAUAUAAAGCCCAGUUUCUAUUCGACCCUAUCCAUAGAAAACACAAUGUAACUUGUUUUUUUCCCUACAAAUCAAAUGUACAGAUAAAUCUCCACAAUACACAUUUG